CCUCCUCAAAGUUUGCUCGCUGAGCUCGGCUCAUCGCACUUGCUGCAACACGUCUUGUCAACCUCUCACUUAACGCGUGAACCAGGGAGACAGUGAUAGUGAAAGGGGUCGGAGUAGCUGGAUGUAAAGGGUACAGGAUCGACAUUUAAAAUUCUGCAGAUCCGUGGAUUUAAGGCAAGCCAGUAAAAGUGGACGUUGAAGUGAAAUUGAUGUUGCAAUCGGGAACUCUUCCCUCAACAUGAGGGGCCGUCAAUGAUACGGGUAUUGAACAAACCUGUUGCGACGUUCAAUGUCCUUGUUCUAAGUCUUGGGUGAGAGCACUCAGCGCAAUUACGCACGGCAUCAUUAUGGUUUUAUUUUUGGAUAGACGUGUCCCUGCUUUGUUCCUACUUUGGGGCUACUGCGUUUUUGCGGACACGGUCUUUUCGAACUUUACCCUGGACAACGAGGUCCACUCCAGUUUCAUCCACCGGCGGCUGAAGAGCCAGGAGCGCCGGGAGAUGCAGCGGGAAAUCCUCUCGAUCCUCGGGCUGCCGCACCGGCCACGGCCGCAUCUCCACGGGAAGCACAACGCGGCACCGAUGUUCAUGCUGGACCUGUACAACGCCAUGUCCACGGAGGGGAAAGAGGAUGGGUACUCCUACCCAUACAAACCCAUCUUCACCACCCAGGGGCCGCCGAUAGCCACUCUUCAGGACAACAACUUCCUAAACGACGCAGACAUGGUUAUGAGCUUUGUCAAUUUAGUGGAACGCGAUACCGAGUUCCUACCCGUCUGGCGGCACCACCGAGAGUUCCGUUUCGACCUAUCACGCAUUCCCGAGGGGGAGGCGGUCACCACCGCAGAGUUCCGCAUCUAUAAGGGCUUCAUCCACGAACGCUUUGACAAUGAAACCUUCCGCGUCAGUGUCUACCAGGUGCUGGAGGAACACAUUGACAGGGAGUCAGACCUGUUUCUGUUGGACUCGAGGGUCAUCUGGGCGGCUGAGGACGGCUGGCUGGUGUUUGACUUGACAGUGACCAGUAACCAAUGGGUCUUGAACCCUGGACACAACCUGGGCCUGCAGCUGGCUCUGGAGAGCACUGACGGUGUGAGUGUGAACCCGCGGUUGGCAGGGCUGAUCGGCCGCAGUGGUCCUCAGAAUAAACAGCCCUUCAUGGUGGCCUUCUUCAAAGCCACCGAGGUGCACCUGCGCAGCAUCCGCUCAGCACCAGGGGGCGCCAAACAGCGCAACCCCAACCGCUCCAAAGGGGCCAACAAGGGCCAGGAGGCACUCCGAGUGGCCAACAUUGCAGAGAACAGCAGUGCUGACCAGAAGCAGGCGUGUAAGAAACACGAGCUCUACGUCAGCUUCAGGGAUCUGGGGUGGCAGGACUGGAUCAUAGCUCCAGAAGGCUAUGCAGCGUACUACUGUGAGGGAGAGUGCGCAUUCCCUCUCAACUCCUAUAUGAACGCCACAAACCAUGCCAUCGUGCAGACACUAGUCCACCUAAUAAACCCCGACACCAUUCCUAAGCCCUGCUGUGCCCCCACCCAGCUCCACGCCAUCUCGGUGCUCUACUUUGACGACAGCUCCAACGUCAUCCUCAAGAAGUACCGCAACAUGGUGGUCAGAGCCUGUGGCUGCCAUUAGACUGCAGCCAACCUCUCAACACACACACACACACACACACUCACGCACGCACACAUCUAAAUAUCCCUCAACGCAGGUCACUUUCAUCGAGACUCGAGACUUUCUUCCCCAGAUUCACCUGAAUAUACACAUGAACGGACUACAUUUCCCAGAGUGCCUUGCUGAGCUCCUGGACGGGAACUACAUGAGGACCGGGCAGACAAUCAUGCUUAUUGAGUUCAACCGGGAACACACACACAUACUUCCUGUGCUUUCUACUGUGUAUGAGACAUUUUAAACAGUGAUUGUAUAGUAAUACACAGUCAACAAUCUUUUGUUCAUUUAAAUGUGUUUUAUUGUAUUUCACUCUGUUUUUCUAGAUAUUUUUGAUUGUUUUUUUUAUGACUGAAAGGCUAUUGGAACUGUGGAUGCUCUAUGGCCUCUUCAUGGACAAUACUGUGUAAAUAUUUUUUUAAACAAAGAGAAGUGUAUUUAUUUCCUGGUCUUGGGCAUGUUAAGGGUUUUUCUCCUGUGUCUACAUGCACAUGUACUGUAUUUUAUGCAGCUCUUUACCUUGGGUCCCACUCAUCAUACAGUACAGCACAAAGACACCUCUCUCUCUGUCUCGCUCUUUUCUCUCCCCUCUCUCUCUCUCUCUCUCGCACUCUCUCUCUCUCUCUCUCGCUCUUUUCUCUCCCCUCUCUCUCUCUCUCUCUCUCUCUCGCACUCUCUCUCCUCUCUCUCUCUCUCUCGCUUUCUCUCCUCUCUCUCUCUCUCUCUCCUCUCUCUCUCUCUGUCUCUCUCUCUCUCCCUUUCUCUCUCUCCCCACCCUCUCUCUCUCUCUCUCUCCUCUCUCUUUCUCUCUCUCUCCCUUUCUCUCUCUUCCCACCCUCUCUCUCUCUCUCGCUCUCUCUCUCUCUCUCUCUCUCUCUCUCUCUCUCUCUCUCUCUCUAUCUCUCUCUCUCUCUCUCUCUCUCUCUCUCUCUCUCUCUCUCUCUCUCUCUCUUCCUCCUCUGUUUCUCACCAUGCUAGCUCUGAGAUGUGUUUUUCCUGCACAGUAACAGUGCUAAAUCUAUCAUCAGUAUGGACCUAUCACUACAGCCCUGUCAUGGGAAAUAACUCAGCCUGUUCCUCUCCUUAUUCCAAACAUUGUCUUAAAGACAUGUUCUGAUGUCAUACGCACACUAGUGUAUUGGACUCAGAUAAUGCUCUCUUUAUAAACUAGGCUUUGACUUGAAUGUUUUAUUACAAUAAUAAGCAAUAAUACAGAGAGUGUUUCAGAAAAACAAAAGGAAGAGAAUGAUUGGGGAACGAAAGAGAGAGAAAUUGUGUCUAGGGUGUGUGUGUGUGUGUGUGUGUGUGUGUGUGUGUGUGUGUGUGUGUGUGUGUGUGUGUGUGUGUGUGUGUGUGUGUGCGUGUGCGUGUGUGCGUGUGUGUGUGCGCGUGUGUACCAUUACCUUGAGCACCACGAGUCUGUUGUGUGUCAGGUGGUUUUAGGAUGGUCUGUCGUUUUAUCCUCUGCUGUAAAGGCUGAUGUCUAUCUCUUCCUUAUUUAAGAGGACUAUUUAUUGAGAGCUGAGGCUGGUACUCUCUGCCAACGCAGCAUCUUGUUCACUCACAACAGUCUUUGUUUUACUGCAAAACUGGUUUAAUAAAAUCGGAGGAAGCAUCA